GGGGCUGCGGGCGGGGGCAUGGCCCGGCAGUAGGCAGGGAGCGCUCCGCCGCCCGCCGCUCCCGGCGGCAGCCCCGCCGCGCCCCGUCCGUCCUAUGCGAGCCGCCCCGGCGCCAAGAUGAAAGACGACUUUGCAGAGGAGGAGGAGGUGCAGUCCUUCGGCUACAAGAGGUUUGGUAUUCAGGAGGGGAGUCAAUGUACCAAGUGUAAAAAUAACUGGGCACUGAAGUUCUCCAUCAUUUUAUUAUACAUUUUAUGUGCCCUGUUAACAAUCACAGUAGCCAUUCUGGGAUACAAAGUUGUAGAAAAAAUGGACAAUGUGACAGGUGGCCUGGAAACAUCCCACAGAAGAUACACAGAAAAGCUCACAGAAGUGGAGAGUGAUCUGAAGAAAUUAGAUGACCAAGCUGGACAAAAAGCCUUAAAUACUAACACUGAACUGUCCAGCUUCAGAUCUGACAUUCUGGCUCUUCGUCAGCAGCUUCAUGACAUUGCAGAGAAAACUAGCAGAAACAAAGACACACUGGAGAAGCUGCAAGAGUCUGGAGAUUUAUUAGAUGAUAGACAGAACCAAAUGAAAAGUGCCUUAGACAGUAACUCUUUCAUGAUCAUCAGUGUCAAUAAAACUCUCCAGGCAUAUACUGGCUAUAUCAACAAUCUCCAACAAGACACAAGUAAUAUACAAGCAAAUUUGCAAAGCCAAGAGCAUUCUCAUAACAUGGUCAUCAUGAGCCUUAACAACUUAAACCUGACUCAAAUACAGCAAAGAAAUCUUAUCAGUAUCUUACAGAAGUCAAUGGAAGAUACAAACUCAGCUAUUGUAAGAAUCAAGAAUGACUUUCAAAAUCUGCAGCAGGUUAUCCUUCAGGCCCGGAAAGAUACUGACUGGCUUAAGGAGAAAGUACACAAUUUGCAGGCUUUGGCUGCCAACAACUCAGCAAUGGCAAAAGCCAACAAUGAUACACUUGAAGACAUGAACAAUCAGCUCAGCUCCUUCAGUGGGCAGAUGGAGAAUAUCACCACAAUUGCCCAAGCCAAUGAACAAAGUCUAAAGGAUCUCCAGGAACAGCAUAAAGGAGAUGAAAACAGAACUGCUGUCAAAUUCAGCCAUCUAGAAGAAAGGUUCCAGGUCUUUGAAACUGAUAUAGUCAAUAUCAUCAGCAACAUCAGCUACACUGCUCAUCACCUACGGACACUGACGAGCGAUCUCAAUGAGGUCAGGACGACUUGUACGGACACCUUAAGUAAACACUCAGAUGAAUUGAUUCUUAUGCAUAAUACACUAGCCAAUAUUCGCAUAGACUCUGCAUCUCUCAAGGUGCAACAGGAUUUGAUGAGGUCAAGGUUAGAUGUUGAAAUUGCCAAUUUGUCAGUAAUCAUGGAAGAAAUGAAGCUGGUGGAUUCUAAACAUGGCCAGCUCAUCAAGAACUUCACUAUCCUACAAGGCCCUCCUGGUCCAAGGGGACCUAAAGGUGACAGAGGCCCUCAAGGUCCUCUUGGCCCCGCUGGCCUAAAAGGACCAAAAGGAGAUAAAGGAGAGCCUGGACCACCAGGACCUGCAGGUGAGAAGGGCCCACCUGGGCCAGCCGGGCCACCAGGAGAAAAAGGUGGGAAAGGCUCAAGAGGAUCGCCUGGCUCCAAAGGGCAGAGAGGCUCUCCGGGAAAGACAGGUCUGCCUGGACCGAAUGGAGACCCAGGGCCACCAGGGCCACCAGGCAAGGAUGGGCCACCAGGGCCGCAAGGUCCGCCUGGAUUUCAAGGCCUGCAAGGAACUGUGGGAAGCCCAGGGUUACCAGGACCACGAGGAAUAACCGGACUCCCUGGAGUCCCUGGGCUGCCUGGCCCAAAGGGCCCCCCUGGCCCACCAGGGCCGCCAGGUCCAGGGAUGCCAAUGGCACUGCAGAGGGAACCUACGCCCGUACCCGAGGCUAACGGUUGUUCUCCCCAUUGGAAGAACUAUACGGAAAAGUGCUACUACUUUUCAGUUGAAAGAGAAAUUUUUGAAGAGGCAAAGUUAUUCUGUGAAGAGAAAGCAUCGCGCUUGGUUAUCAUCAACAACAAAGAGGAGCAGCAAUGGAUAAAAAGACAGAUUAUUGGGAAAGGCAGCUUCUGGAUUGGACUAACAGAUUCAGAGAAGGAAAAUGAAUGGAGAUGGUUGGAUGGAUCCUUACCAGUUUACGCAAACUGGAAAACUGGGCAGCCUGAUAACUGGAAUCACGGGCAUGGACCAGGGGAAGAUUGUGCUGGGUUGAUCUAUGCUGGGCUCUGGAAUGACUUCUACUGUGAAGAUGUUAACAAUUUCAUUUGUGAAAAAGACAUGGACAAAGGGCAACUUCUUGGAGUGUAAUAGGCUGUAACUUUACAGAUACCUUCAUAUUAAGGAAAUUUAUGUCAAGAAGAAGAAAAUCCUGGGAAAGGGCAACACUGACUUCCAAAAUUGAAAAAAAAA